AUGAUCGAUGUGUCGCAUAUCGACACAAGCACCACACUCUUCGGCAAGCGUCACCCCUUCCCGGUAGCCUUUGCUCCCAGCGCAAUGCAAAAACUCUGUCAUCCCAGAGGUGAGCUUGAGGCCGCUGAGGCUGCAGCAAGCGCUGGUCUCUCUAUGUGUCUCUCUUCCCAAUCCACUACCAGUCUCGAAGACGUGGCAAACGCAUGCAACAUCUCGAAUCGUGACGGACCAGACUUCUGGUUCCAACUCUACCUCACUCAAGAUCCCGAGUACAGUCUCAAAUUAAUUAAGCGUGCCGAGAAUGCUGGUUACACUGCUCUCGUACUCACCGUAGACACACCAAUCCUCGGCAACCGUAUCAAUGAGAGAAAGACCCCUCUUGUUCUCCCCGAAGGUAUGCAUCUAGGAAAUUAUCAACGCCCCAAAGAGAGCAUCAGAGGACCUGCCACCGAGCGCGUCUUCCUUAAUGCCCACACAGUCGACGAGGCAAAUGAGAUUAUCAAGAAAGCAGGGCCUACCAUGCAUAGUUCGAGUCUCACUUGGCAACACACCAUUCCCUGGCUUCGCAAGGCGACAUCAAUGAAGAUCUUUCUCAAAGGCAUCAUGACUGAGGAGGAUGCAAAGUUAGCGGUCGAGUAUGGUGCAGAUGCCAUCGUUGUUUCCAACCAUGGUGGAAGACAACUGGACUUAGUCCCCGCCACCAUUGAAGUCCUCCCUGCAAUCGCUGAAGUUGUCGCUGGACGUAUCCCCGUCAUCUUUGACGGAGGCAUCAGACGCGGAAGCGAUGUAUUCAAGGCCGUCGCACUCGGCGCCGACCUCGUCCUCAUCGGUCGACCUGUUCUCUGGGGCUUAAGCUAUGAUGGAAAGAGGGGAGUCGAGGCCGUGGUCAACAUUCUGGAAAGAGAGCUCUCACGUACCAUGACUCUAGCUGGCGUCAGAUCUAUCAGGGAGAUUACAAAGGACCACUUGGGUAUUGCCAAAAAGGAUGGGUUUGGCAUCUCCAAGCUCUAG